AUGUCUGAAGAGUCUUCGAAAAUCGAAAAGUGCCAGUCAACGCCUGCGGAUCAGGAGAGUCUUCAUGCUGGAGUACUCAAGGGUACCGUACAAGACUAUGACGAUGAUGCAAUCCUCCGUGCAAAUGGCCAUGAUGCGGUUUUGCCUCGACAAUUCAACUGGAUAUCUGCUCUCGGGCUAGGUUUUUCUAUCACUAACUCUUGGAUUGGUUACUUGAGUUGUUUUGGACAGAACCUGACGUAUGGAGGAGCCCAAGCCUGCAUAUUCAGUCUCAUCGUCGCCUUUAUCAUCCAGCUCACCGUCACGGUCGGACUUGCAGAACUUGGCUCAGCCUUCCCGUCGAGUGGGGGACAAUAUCAUUUCUGUUACAUCUUGAGCGCGGACAGGACCAAAGGAUACACCGCCUAUCUUGUGGGAUGGCUGUCGGUUCUAGCUUGGUGGAUUGUGACUUGCUCGGGCAUAUCCCUCGCGUCUUUGGUUUUGAAUGGCAUCGUCAAUUUUUGCAUACCCGGCUACGUUGCCAAUCAGUGGCAGACCUAUUUGACAUAUGUUGCUGUGUCGUUGAUAACAAUCCUUCCGGUGUUCGCAGUAUCCAGCAGGAUCUCCCUUGUAGCCCAAGCAGCGCUCUACCUGUCGCUUGCAGGCUACCUGAUCUUCUUUAUUGUUUCAUUAGCAAUGCACCAGCAGACUCAACCUGGAUCAUUUGUCGUUGCGUCGGGACAGGGUAAUAGUGGCUGGGGUCAGGGUACAGCCUGGAUGCUUGCAGUAAGUAAUGCCAUGUACGCAUUUGGAGGGACAGACGGCGCAGUCAUUCAUAUCUGCGAGGAGAUCCCUCGACCGGCAAGACGAGUCCCACAGGUGAUGAUCAUGACAAUGAUUAUCGGUCUCAUUACCUGUUUAUCUCUGUUCAUUGUAUUGAUGUUCUUCAUCUCGGACAUGGAUGCUGUUAGGACAUCCCCGUUGCCUAGUCUUGAAGUGAUCCAUCAAGUAACUGGGAGUCGAAGCGUAACACUCGGGCUGUUUAUUCUCCUAUUUGUCGUAUACCUCAGUUGUCUACCCUCUCAGUGGGUCAGCAGCGGCCGCAUCGCCUGGGCAUUUGCUCGCGACAACGGAUUUCCAUUUUCCACCUUCUUUUCCAAAGUCAGCAAUCGCCUCAACUUCCCUGUCCAUACCACAGUCGCCGCCUUCAUUUUCAGCUGCCUCUAUGGGCUCCUCUACCUCGCUUCCACUACCGCCUUCAACUCUAUCAUCACCUCGGCUGUCCUCUUCCUAAACAUAACCUACACUGUACCCCAGGGUCUGCUCCUCAUUCGCGGCCGUGACAGCCUACCCGCUCGAUAUCUCCGCCUGGGGUAUUUAGGCUGGUACUGCAAUAUAUUCUCUGUUAUGUGGAUCUUCGUGCUUUGCGUUUUGAUUUGCAUGCCGCCCAACCUUCCCGUGGAACUGGGAUCCAUGAACUACGUCUCUGUGAUUCUAGUUGGCGUUGUUGUCAUCAUUAAUCUCCUUUGGGUGUGCAUAGGACGGUAUAGCUUUGAGGGGCCGCGUAUUGACUGGGACGCGUUGAGGGCUGAUGCUAACUAG